AUGCAGUGCAUUUUCGCCUUCUUUUGCACCGGUUUUCUAGGGGCGGUAGUAGGUGCCAAUUUCCCCAACAACAUUCAGAUCGGGGGAUUAUUUCCAAAUCAGCAAUCCCAGGAACAUGCAGCUUUUAGAUUCGCUUUGUCGCAACUCACAGAGCCCCCGAAACUGCUCCCCCAGAUCGAUAUAGUGAACAUCAGCGACAGCUUUGAAAUGACGUAUAGAUUCUGCUCCCAGUUCUCCAAGGGUGUCUACGCCAUCUUUGGGUUUUAUGAGAGGAAGACAGUCAACAUGCUCACCUCCUUCUGUGGGGCCCUCCAUGUCUGCUUCAUCACGCCCAGCUUCCCUGUUGACACUUCCAAUCAGUUUGUUCUCCAGCUGCGCCCUGAGCUGCAGGAUGCCCUCAUCAGCAUCAUCGACCACUAUGACUGGCAGAAAUUUGUGUACAUUUAUGACGCCGAUCGGGGGUUGUCAGUUCUACAGAAAGUCCUUGACACUGCUGCUGAGAAGAACUGGCAAGUAACAGCUGUCAACAUCUUGACGACAACAGAGGAGGGCUAUCGGAUGCUCUUUCAAGACCUAGGAAAGAAGAAGGACCGGCUGGUGGUGGUGGACUGUGAAUCAGAGCGUCUGAAUGCCAUCCUAGGCCAGAUCAUAAAAAUGGAAAAGAAUGGGAUCGGCUACCACUACAUCCUAGCAAACCUGGGUUUCAUGGACAUGGAUCUAGCGAAGUUCAAGGAGAGUGGAGCCAAUGUGACUGGCUUCCAAUUGGUGAACUACACUGACACCAUCCCCGCCAAGAUCUUACAGCAGUGGAAAAACAAUGACGUCCGUGAUCACACCCGUGUUGACUGGAAAAAGCCAAAAUAUACCUCGGCACUGACAUAUGAUGGUGUUAGGGUGAUGGCAGAGGCAUUCCAGAGCUUGAGAAAGCAGCGCAUUGAUAUCUCCCGCAGGGGGAAUGCUGGGGACUGCUUGGCCAAUCCAGCUGUGCCCUGGGGCCAAGGGAUUGAUAUCCAGAGGGCUCUUCAGCAGGUACGGUUUGAAGGUUUGACUGGAAACGUACAAUUUAAUGAGAAAGGGCGACGGACCAACUACACCCUCCAUGUGAUAGAAAUGAAACAUGAUGGCAUUCGGAAGAUUGGUUACUGGAAUGAAGAUGACAAGUUUGUCCCUGCAGCCACAGAUGCCCAGGCUGGUGGUGAUAACUCUAGCGUCCAGAACAGAACAUAUAUUGUUACAACCAUCCUAGAAGACCCUUACGUGAUGCUUAAAAAGAAUGCCAAUCAAUUUGAGGGCAAUGACCGCUAUGAGGGCUAUUGUGUGGAGCUAGCAGCUGAAAUUGCCAAACAUGUGGGUUAUUCUUAUCGGCUGGAGAUAGUCAGUGAUGGAAAAUAUGGUGCCCGAGACCCUGACACAAAGGCAUGGAAUGGCAUGGUUGGGGAACUGGUCUAUGGGAGAGCAGAUGUGGCUGUGGCCCCUUUGACAAUCACCUUGGUACGGGAGGAAGUCAUCGACUUCUCCAAGCCUUUCAUGAGUUUGGGUAUCUCUAUCAUGAUCAAGAAGCCCCAGAAGUCCAAGCCAGGAGUUUUCUCCUUCUUGGAUCCACUGGCUUAUGAAAUUUGGAUGUGUAUCGUAUUUGCUUACAUUGGUGUGAGCGUGGUCCUCUUUCUGGUCAGUCGCUUCAGCCCCUAUGAGUGGCAUAGUGAAGAGUUUGAGGAAGGACGUGACCCAGCAACCAGUGACCAGUCCAAUGAAUUUGGGAUCUUCAACAGCCUUUGGUUCUCUCUGGGAGCCUUCAUGCAGCAAGGUUGUGACAUUUCACCAAGGUCUCUUUCUGGCCGAAUUGUUGGUGGCGUCUGGUGGUUCUUCACCUUGAUCAUCAUCUCCUCAUACACGGCUAACCUGGCAGCCUUCCUGACUGUGGAAAGGAUGGUAUCGCCUAUUGAAAGUGCUGAAGACCUGGCCAAACAAACUGAGAUUGCUUAUGGGACCCUGGAGGCAGGAUCAACUAAAGAAUUCUUUAGGAGGUCAAAGAUUGCUGUCUUUGAGAAGAUGUGGACAUACAUGAAGUCAGCUGAGCCCUCAGUUUUUGUGAGAACCACAGAGGAGGGCAUGAUCCGGGUGAGGAAGUCCAAAGGCAAGUAUGCCUACCUACUGGAGUCUACAAUGAAUGAAUACAUUGAGCAGCGGAAGCCCUGUGACACCAUGAAGGUGGGAGGUAACUUGGAUUCUAAAGGCUACGGCAUUGCAACACCCAAGGGGUCGGCUCUGAGAGGUCCCGUAAACCUAGCGGUUUUGAAACUCAGUGAGCAAGGCGUCUUAGACAAGCUGAAAAGCAAAUGGUGGUACGAUAAAGGGGAGUGUGGAAGCAAGGACUACGGAAGUAAGGAUAAGACAAGUGCUCUGAGCCUCAGCAAUGUGGCCGGAGUAUUCUACAUCCUUAUCGGAGGUCUCGGGCUCGCCAUGCUGGUUGCCUUAAUCGAGUUUUGCUACAAGUCUCGUAGCGAAUCCAAGCGGAUGAAGGGUUUCUGUUUGAUCCCACAGCAAUCCAUCAACGAAGCCAUACGGACAGCGACCCUGCCUCGGAACAGUGGGGCAGGAGGCAGUGGAGAGAAUGGCCGUGUCGUCAGCCACGACUUCCCCAAAUCCAUGCAAACAAUUCCGUGCAUGAGCCACAGCUCGGGGAUGCCCUUGGGAGCCACAGGAUUGUAA